CUGCAAUUCACUCCACUCGCUCUUCCCUCUACCGCUCUCUCGACCCCUCUCUCUCCUCGUUGACACCAAUACAUCAAUUGAGAGUCUCCAGUUCCGACCCUUCACACCCAUAUUGUUCCGUUCUCGAGCCACGCCGCGACCAUGUGCGGAAUCUUUGGUUACAUCAACUACCUGGUCGAGAAGGACCGCAAGUUUAUUCUCGACACGCUCGUCAAUGGCCUCGCACGACUCGAGUAUAGAGGCUACGACUCCGCCGGUCUUGCCGUCGAUGGCGACAAGCGUGGCGAGGUGUUUGCGUUCAAAGAGGUGGGCAAAGUCGCCAAACUGAAGGAGUUGAUCGCUGCCGAGCAGCCAGACCUCACCAAGGUCUUUGACAACCACGCCGGAAUUGCACACACCCGAUGGGCCACUCACGGUCCCCCAAGCAGAGUCAACUGCCAUCCACACCGAUCAGACCCCAAAUGGGAGUUUGCAAUCGUGCACAAUGGCAUCAUCACAAACUACAAGGAGCUCAAGACGCUCCUGGAAGGCAAGGGCUUCAGGUUCGAGACGGAGACGGACACAGAGGCUAUCGCGAAGCUCGCAAAGUACAUCUACGACCAGCACCCAAACAUCGACUUCACUACUCUCUGUAAGGCAGUGAUCAAGGAGCUCCAGGGUGCCUUUGGUCUGCUCAUGAAGAGUGUGCGCUACCCCGGUGAGGUCGUGGCUGCCCGCAAGGGUUCGCCGCUUGUCGUCGGUGUCAAGACCCAGAAGAAGAUGAAGGUUGACUUUGUCGAUGUCGAGUUUGGCGACAGCGGUGAGGUGCUUCCAGCUGAGCAGGCGAGCCAGAACGUCGCUGUGAGGAAGAACCCAAGCAUGCUCGGCGCCGGCCUGCUGGCACCACCGGACAAAUCACUCCUCCACCGCUCGCAAUCACGCGCCUUCCUCUCAGACGACGGCGUGCCACAGCCCACUGAGUUCUUCCUCUCCUCCGACCCAGCCGCCAUCGUCGAACACACCAAGAAGGUCCUGUACCUGGAAGACGACGACAUUGCUCACAUCCACGAGGGCCAGCUCAACAUUCACCGCCUGUCGAAGACUGACGGCACUAGCAACGUUCGUGCUAUUCAGACGCUCGAGAUCGAACUCCAGGAGAUCAUGAAGGGCCGAUUCGACCACUUCAUGCAGAAGGAAAUUUUCGAGCAGCCCGAGUCGGUGGUCAAUGCCAUGCGCGGUCGCUUGAACGUGGAAGAGAAGACAGUUACACUCGGAGGACUGAAGCAGUACCUCACUACAAUCCGUCGCUGCAGACGUCUCAUAUUCAUCGCUUGCGGUACCUCCUACCACUCGUGCAUGGCUGUCCGCGGAGCUUUUGAGGAACUCACUGAGAUCCCCAUCUCAGUCGAGUUGGCCUCUGACUUCCUCGACCGACAAGCGCCAGUCUUCCGCGACGAUACUUGCGUGUUCGUAUCGCAAUCCGGUGAGACUGCAGACUCGCUCAUGGCUCUUCGUUACUGCCUCGAGCGUGGCGCUCUCACUGUCGGCAUUGUGAACACCGUUGGAUCUAGCAUCUCCCUCAUGACACACUGCGGUGUCCACAUUAACGCUGGACCAGAGAUCGGUGUCGCUUCGACCAAGGCCUACACGUCUCAGUUCGUGUGCAUGAUCAUGUUUGCUCUGCUGCUGUCCGAGGACCGCGCAAGCAAGCACCAGAGGAGAAUGGAGAUCAUCGAUGGUCUUAGCAAAGUGUCAGACCAGUUCAAGGAGAUCCUGAAGAUGGAUCAGCAGAUCAAGGAACUGUGUCUGAAGUUCAAGGAUCAGAAGUCUAUGCUUCUAUUGGGUCGUGGUGCUCAGCACGCUACCGCGCUCGAGGGUGCACUCAAGAUCAAGGAGAUCUCGUACCUCCACUGCGAGGCUGUCAUGUCGGGAGAGCUGAAGCACGGCGUCCUCGCACUUGUCGACGAGAACCUCCCCAUUGUCAUGAUUCUCACCCGCGAUCCGAUCUUCGCAAAGUCCCUGAAUGCCUACCAGCAAGUCAUCGCCCGCAAGGGACGACCAAUUGUCAUUUGCAAUACCGACGACAAGGAAUUCCCAGGCGAGAAGACCGACAAGAUUGAAGUCCCUCACACAAUCGACGUGCUGCAAGGCCUGCUCAAUGUCGUGCCACUACAACUCAUGUCAUACUGGCUGGCUGUAGCGGAGGGCGUGAACGUGGAUUUCCCACGUAAUUUGGCCAAGUCGGUAACCGUUGAGUAAACAACACGCUUCAGUGAAAGGUGCACUCGAUGGAAAACAAGACAGAUUAUAGCGGGCGUUGAUUGGAAAAUGGAUACCUCUUCGUAGGGCUCAGCUGGCUCUGUGCGUCUGAAGAGAGAUCUGAAGAAGGAGAGAGAGAGAUUGUGCAUGAUUAAUUGAAGUGAGGCAGCAAAGAUACGACAGUAUUAGAGACGUGAAUGUGAUCAACAGACCGACCGUUACCAACC